AUGGCUGUUAUUCCUAGAUUUUCUGUUUUCGACCGGGAUGGCUUCUUGGGUGGUAUACCUUCGAUGUGGGUUUUGUUUGGAAUCAGUUUCGCUCUGAUUCCAACCUACUACCUCUUCCUCAUAAUCUACAAUCUCUACUUCCACCCACUGGCAAACUACCCUGGCCCAAAAUCCAUGGCGGCAACACGCAUCCCCUACAUGCGCAACACAAUAAGCGGCCGAUACGCGCAAAGAUUGAAAAGUCUCCACGACCAAUACGGCGACGUCGUCCGCAUCGCGCCCGACGAACUCUCCUUCAUCGACAGCGACGCAUGGAAGGUAGUUUACGGCACACGCACCGGUCACGGUCAGAAGCAAAAAGACUACCGAUUCUACCCACCCACCGCCGCAAACAGUGCCAGCAUCAUCCAAUCCAAUGAUCAAGACCACUCGCGCUUCCGCCGUCUCCUUUCACACGCUUUCUCCGAUAGUUCUCUGCGCAGUCAGGAACCUAUUAUAAAAGGCUAUGUCGAUCUUCUCAUCCAGCGUCUGCGCGAGAAUUCGACACCGACAGAGGAGGACAAGGGCAAUGGCAAUGGCCAAGCCAAGCCGCUGGAUCUAGUAGCUUGGUAUAAUUUCGCAACCUUCGAUAUAAUCGGCGACCUAGCCUUCGGCGAACCAUUCGACUGUUUAAAGAACUCAGAUUACCACGUCUGGGUACAAAUGAUCUUUUCCGGCAUCAAGUUCGGCGCAUACGCGAAUAUAUCGCGCCGACUCCCGGGCUCAAAAUACCUCGUCAAACUGAUCACGCCGAAGCGCGUCUUCGCGCAAAAGCAGUUUCAUAAUCAACUAAGUCGGGAAAAAGUCGCCAGCAGACUCGAAAAAUCAAAUGACCGGCCAGACUUCUUUGCGAAUAUUCUCAAGCAUAAUGGGACGGAGAAGGGGUUCAGUGUUGAUGAGAUGGUUUCGAAUGGGAGUACGUUGAUUAUUGCCGGUUCCGAGACUACUGCGACCUUGCUCUCUGGCGUUACAUAUUUGCUGUUGAAGAAUCCGCGGGUUUUGGCGAAGUUACAGGAGGAAAUUCGGUCUGCAUUUACCUCGGAUGAGGAGAUUGGAUUUGAUUCUUGCAAUAAGUUGGUUUAUUGUCUUGCUGUUUUGACUGAGGCUUUGAGGCUUUAUCCGCCUGUUCCCACUGGUCUUCCGCGCAUUGUUGAUGCUCAGGGUGAUAUGAUUGAGGGUCAUUGGGUUCCUGGAGGGACCAUUGUCUCAGUCUCGCACCUCGCUGCAUACCACUCCGAACGAAACUUUACGGACGCAGAGCAAUUCGUUCCUGAGCGCCAUCUCGAUGAUCCUCGUUAUGUGAAUGACAGAAGAUCAGUUAUGCAGCCCUUUAGCUUUGGGCCUCGCAACUGCAUUGGACGGAACCUUGCAUACGUUGAAAUGCGCAUUAUCCUCGCUCGCAUGAUUUUCAACUUCGAUAUGGAACUGGACCCGACGAGCAAUGACUGGAUGAACCAGGAUGCCUUUAUUCUGUGGGAGAAGCCGGGGUUGAUGGUUAAGCUUACCCCUCGAACUUGA